AUGGCGUUGUUUUUUAGCAGAAUUGCCAUUAUUCAUAUUCUUCUUCUAUUUUUCCUAACUUUUUCAGAUAAUUAUGGUUUUCUACGAAGAGUCACUUCCCUUGGUAUCAACUAUGGCCAAGUUGCCAACAAUUUGCCACAGCCCGAGAAGGUUCUUGAUCUCUUGAGCUCCCUUAAGCUCACAAAAGCAAGAAUCUAUGAUACCAAUCCUCAAGUAUUGACAGCAUUUGCCAACUCCAACAUUGAGUUGAUUGUCACUGUAGAAAACCAAAUGCUAGCUGUUCUAAUGGACCCUCAGCAAGCCAUUCAAUGGGUUAGUACCCACAUCAAGCCAUAUUUUCCAGCCACAAGAAUCACAGAAAUCGCUGUAGGAAAUGAGGUCUUCACCGAUGAUGACACAACAUUAUUAACCUAUCUUGUUCCAGCCAUAGUCAGCAUUCAUGGCGCGCUUUCUCAACUAGGCCUAGAUAGUUACAUUCAAGUCUCAACACCCAAUUCUUUAGCAGUGCUCGCUGAAUCAUACCCUCCUUCAGCGGGCAGUUUCAAACCUGAGGUCUCAGGAGUCAUGUCACAAUAUUUACAGUUCUUGUCCAGCACUAAAGCACCAUUUUGGAUCAAUGCAUAUCCAUAUUUCGCUUACAAGGAUAAACCUGAUGAGGUACCCUUGAAUUAUGUGCUUUUAAACCCUAAUGCAGGCAUGGUUGACCCCUACACCAAGUUACACUACGACAAUAUGUUGUAUGCUCAGGUAGAUGCUGUUAUUUUUGCUAUUGCCAGAAUGGGUUUUGGCGGAAUUGAGGUUAGGGUCUCAGAAACUGGUUGGCCAUCAAAAGGGGACGCCAAUGAAGUUGGUGCCACCAUUGAGAAUGCCGCAGCUUAUAACAAAAAUAUUUUGAGGAGGCAAUUCAAGAACGAAGGUACACCUUUGCGGCCUAAUAUGAGGCUCGAAGUCUAUUUGUUUGCUUUGUUCAACGAGGAUUUGAAGACUGGACCGACAUCAGAGAGAAAUUAUGGCCUCUUUCAACCUGAUUGUACCAUGGUCUACAAUGUGGGGAUCUCUGCCCUUUCCAGUCCAUCAUCGACCUCAUCGGCUUCUAUUUCUCUUGCUUCUGCGGCCACAAAGGUAAAAACGUAG